AUGGGAUGGCGGCGAAUAGUCUUGGGAUUCGGACCACCAUGGUUCGCUGUAACUAUGGGGACGGGUAUCGUCGCCAUCCUGCUCUUUCUCAUCCCGUUUCACGACUCCUGGCUAUACUACCUUUCGAUUAUCUUUUUUAUUCUCAAUACAUUUCUGUUCGCCUUGGGGACGAUAUUGACAGUGCUGCGAUACAUGCUAUACCCACGAGUAUGGCCAGUCAUGCUGCGUGACCCGGUCGACCCAUUAUUUCUGGCGACUUGUCCCAUCGGCUUCGCUACUCUCAUAGAGAUGUGGAUCUUUAUUUGUGUUCCGAUAUGGGGGCGCUGGGCGACAGUUCUAGCCUGGGUGGCAUGGAUGAUCGACACGGCCUUUUCGGUUGUUAUUACGGUAUCAAUCGCCUUUCUUCUACUUUGCCAAAAUCACACAACCUCGUUAGACAAGAUCACAGCUGUGCAACUCGUCCCGAUUGCGGCAACGAUUGUUGCUGCCGGUGUAGGCGCAGAAGUGUCUGCCGUUCUACCCAAUUUGAAACAUAUGAGGGGUACCAUAAUCGCAUCCUACCUGCUUUGGAGUCUCAGCAUGUCUAUGGCCAUGAUGAUUCUCGUCAUAUACUAUCAACGUCUGAUUCUACAUAAACUGCCUCCAAAGCAGCUGGCUAUGAGCUCCUUCCUAACUCUAGGGCCCGUGGGGUUUGGCGGAUUCGGUAUCAUGUACCUCGGGAAGGUUUCACUGACUGCCUUCCACAAGAACAACACUAUCCACCCGAUGGUCGGCGACGUCGCCUAUAUAUUAGGAAUCAUGGUUGCCCUAGCUCUAUGGGGUUUCAGUCUACUAUGGCUGAUAUUCUCCUUCGCCACCGCGAUUCGUUCAUGGCCUAUCCCGUUCAACAUGGGUUGGUGGGCAACCACUUUUCCCUUCGGGGUGUUUUGCGUCAACACGAUUCAACUCGGCGUCGAGCUAUCGUCGAUGUUCUUUAAAGUCAUGGGCACGAUAUUCAGUACGAUGGUUAUUUUGCUCUGGGUAGUUGUCAGUUUGGGGACUAUUCGCGAAGUCUACCGAGGUCACGUCUUCAAUGUGCCGUAUCUGGAGGAUAUCUUUUCGGAGGAUGACCGCAAUGACAGUAUUGAUCUGGAGACUGUUUCUGGCUCAACUUGCUGAUGGUAUUUGUUCAUCUGUUUAUCGUUUCAUGCUAUACACAGGUAUUUUUUAGCAACAGUGAAUGGUAAUGUGAAGAGUUUCAAG